CUCAAAAUGUGGAGACUUAAGAUAGGUGAUGGAGAAAAUAAGCGCUACUUAUUCAGCACCAACAACUUCCUUGGAAGGCAGACAUGGGAAUUUGAUCCCCAUGCAGGCACUCUCGAGGACCGAGCUCAAGUCGAAGCAGCGCGUCACACUUAUCAGCAAAAUCGCAACAAUAUCAAAUGCGAUAGUGACUUGCUUUGGAGAUUUCAGUUUCUACGAGAGAAAAAUUUCAAACAAAGCAUUCCAAAAGUAAGAGUUGAGGAAGGAAUGAUGAUAAAGAAUGAAACCGCGACCAUUGCAUUGAGAAGAGCUGCAGAAUUCUUCGUAGCCUUGCAAAGCAACCAUGGCCACUGGCCUGCACAAAAUUCUGGCCCUUUAUUUUUUCUGCCUCCUCUGGUAUUUGCACUGUACAUUACAGGACAUCUUAACACUAUAUUAUUAGAAGAACAUCGAAAAGAAAUCCUUCGCUAUGCAUUCUGUCAUCAGAAUGAAGAUGGUGGAUGGGGAUUGCACAUAGUAGGAGAAAGUUGCAUGCUUUGCACGGUUCUAAAUUAUAUUCUAUUGCGUUUGCUUGGAGAAGAACCUGAUACGAACGCUUGUGGUAGAGCUCGAAAAUGGAUUCUAGAUCACGGAGGUGCCCUUUACAUACCUUCUUGGGGAAAGAUUUGGCUUGCCAUCAUAGGAGUGUAUGAGUGGGAAGGAGCAAACCCAAUGCCCCCAGAAUUUUGGAUGUUUGGAAAUAUACUGCCUGUAAAUCCAGCAAGUCUUCUUUGCUACUGUCGGUUAACGUAUCUUCCUAUGUCGUAUUUAUAUGGGAAGCGAUUUGUGGGAUCUCUCACUCCUCUCAUUUUGCAAUUACGACAAGAAAUCUAUAAUGAAUCCUACGAGGACAUCAAAUGGAGUCCCGCGCGACAUUAUUGUGCAAAGGAGGACAAAUGCUUUGAGCGUCCCUUGGUUCAAAAGUUAGCAUGGGAUUCGAUUCAAUAUUUUGUAGAACCUCUUUUUAGGAGCAGGGCGUUUAAAAAAUUAAGAAACCAUGCUCUCCAAAUAACCAAGAGCCUCAUUGAUUAUGAAGAUCAUAAUAGCCGUUACAUCACAAUUGGAUGUGUGGAAAAGCCAUUAUUUAUGGUAGCUUGUUGGUCUGACAAUCCCAAUGGAGAAGCUUACAAAAGGCAUCUUGCUAGGGUCAAAGAUUACUUAUGGGUUGGUGAAGAUGGAAUGAAGAUGCAAAGCUUUGGUAGCCAAUCUUGGGAUGUUGCUCUUUCCAUUCAAGCGAUUCUUGCAACUAAUCUCCACCAUGAAUUUUCAGACACGCUUAAAAAAGGACAUGAUUUCAUUAAAAAAUCACAGAUAAAAGAAAAUCCUUCUGGCGACUUUCAAAGAAUGCAUCGUCACAUAUCAAAAGGAGGAUGGGCCUUCUCCGAUCAAGAUCAUGGAUGGCAAAUUUCUGACUGUACUGCUGAAAAUUUAUUGUGUUGUUUGAAAUUCUCAACGAUGCCUUCAGACAUUGUAGGAGAUCCUAUGGAACCACAAUGCUUUUUUGAUGCUAUCAAUGUCAUACUUUCUCUCCAGGCGUCAAAUGGUGGAAUGGCAGCUUGGGAGCCAACAGGCACUGUAUCUUCUUGGUUUGAGAAUUUGAAUCCAGUGGAAUUCUUAGAAUACUCUGUAUUGGAGCUUGAAUACGUAGAAUGUACAUCAUCAGCGGUACAAGCGGUAGUGCUAUUUAAGAAGCUAUUUCCAAGCCACAGGAAGGAAGAGAUCGAGGCUUUUAUAGAAAAAGCAAUAAAAUACAUCAAAGAAACGCAAAAGGAAGAUGGAUCAUGGUACGGAAAUUGGGGAAUUUGUCACUUAUAUGCUACGUAUUUUGCUAUAAAAGGAUUAGUGGCAGCUGGAAACACGUACAAUAAUUGCACAGCAAUGAGAAGAGGUGUGGAUUUUCUACUCAAACUUCAAUGUGCAGAUGGUGGUUGGGGAGAGAGCCAUAUUUCAUGUAUAAAAAAAGUUCAUACACCUCUUCAAGACAAUACUUCUAAUCUGGUUCAGACUUCUUUUGCUUUAAUGGCUUUGAUCCAUGCUCAACAGGCAGAGAGGGACCUGACUCCUCUUCACCGUGCUGCCAAAGUAUUGAUUAAUUCUCAAUUGGAAGAUGGUGAUUAUCCUCAACAGGAAAUAACUGGAGUAUUUAUGACCACCUGCAUGCUACAUUAUGCACUGUAUAGGAAUGUCUUUCCCCUAUGGGCACUUGCAGAGUAUCGGAAUUUGAUCUUCUUUCCUUAAUAUUUCAACCUCUCAGUUGACAAGUAAAACUGUUCGUUGUUCAAACCCUUGGUUGAAUCUUUGCAUCAAGUCAUACUUCAUCUUUUCAUUAUAUAUAGUUUUGCAUUUUAAUAAGCAAAAUGUUUAUCUUCUUGAAACUCAUUAAGUUGUAUCCGUUGGC